AUGGCACAGAUGAGAACUGAACUAGGGUUGGUAUUAAAACAUGUGACUGGAGGAGCGGAGAAGGUAAAUGUUGUGAACUAUUUGACUAGAACUCCACCACUGACAGAGGAAUAUUAUUUUGAAGAGGAUGCUAAUGCGGUGAAUGAGCAGACGGAGGGUCUCCGACCAAAUGCCCAAGUGUCGAUCAAGCAUCUUGAGCUACAGAUGACUCAGUUGUCGACUAUAGUAAACCCACAUCAACCUGGCACUCUUCCUAGUAAUACUAUCCAAAAUCCAAAUAAUGAUGGAAAUUGCAUGGCAAGCACGACUCGAGGAGGUAAGCAGACCAUUGAUCCACCUAUGCCGUCUGGGAUAGAAACUGAUGCUAGUGAAGAUGAUGAUGUGGUUGAGGUGACUGGAGAGUUUGAGAAUGCUACAGAGAAGAGGUUUAUUAGCAUGGUGAAACAGCUUUCCAUCAAUGUUCCGUUAAUAGAGACUUUGGAGCAAAUUCCUCGCAUUAAUCUGAUGCCAUUGUCGAUUUACAAAAAGUUAGGUUUGGGAGAUCCAAAAUCGACUGCGAUGCGAUUGCUCAUGGCCGACAGAACUGUGAAGAGGCCCAUAGGUGUGUUCCAUGAUGUACUAGUGAAAGUGGAGUUGUUCAUCUUUCCUGUAGAUUUUGUGAUUCUUGACUGCGAGGUUGAUUUUGAGGUCAGCAUCAUUCUUGGGAGACCAUUUUUAGCUAUGGGGAGUGCUUUGGUUGAUAUGGAAAAGGGGCAGACGAAAUUCAGACUGAGCAAUGAAGAGGACUUUAAAUAUUUGUAG